AUGUUGUCCGCGGCCCUUUUGAUUCUUAACCUCGGAAGCUUGGAAGGCUUUUAUCCGGUCCGAGAGCCACUACCACCACAACUACCACCACACCAAUACCAAUACCAACGCUACCGCCGGAGUUAUCAAGCUUGGCCCGGCUUUCUGGAGCGACCGUUUAUUUUACUGUUUCGUAUAUGUAUCGCCAGUAUUCUAUGCUUAGGGGGCAGAUCAAAAGCCCCACGAGGGAAAGUCAAUGCACAAAAGACAAAAAGACAAAAGACAAGCUCCUGGAACCUUGGUUAUCUCCAUGGAUGGCUCUUUCUAGCCGGGUUCUGGAAACAAGGGCAUGGCUUAUUUCCACCAAUCGCUGAUGGCACUAAGCAGCGCCACCGCGGCUUACAGGAUACACAUUGCUCACGGCCAUAUAUUGGAAUAUUGGGAGGCAGCACUUAUCUGUCCCUGCUGGGCCUCAAUGCUCCUGCUAAAGAUCGCUUCGUUUUGGAGAGAAGGCAUGAAAAAAGGAUGCCAUGCCGAAGCACAUUUGGACAACCUGCAUGGUUAUCCCCAAAGCUUAUCUGCGACUCCACCGUCUCAGCUCGAUCUUCCAACCCUCCUCAGAGGUUUCUUCCCUCCUUUUUCUCCGAUGAUUCGAGCUCCGAACACGAAGGGGCCUUGCACAUGGACGGCAGGUCGUGUUUUCCCCCAAUGACUGACUACCCGUAUCGUCCACAAACUAAGCAGCUAAGCAGCUAUGGUCUCUUCCGUCUCUCAUCUCUCGAGAGAGGCACCAGAGCAACGCCCAAGAUUAGACCCUCACACAUCCCUGUCCCCAACCCGCUGCUGACCCAGGCUGUCGGGCCCCUUCCCCAGGCGCCCCAUUGGAGCUAUUGGCUGUUACGAAUGCGCUAA